AUGAGAAGCCUGCUCCCUGCGCUUUGGCGCUCGGAGUUCGCGCGCCUUGCGCGCGCGCCAAAGCAGCAGCCCAAUGGGUCCGUGCCCACAGGAGUGAAGUCUAAGCGCGAGGUUUCGACGCCUGCGAGGGCUGCGAGAAAGGUGUCCCUGAUUUCAGCCGUCUGCAAAACGCGCGACCUGCUUGCAGAAAUGGCGGCCAAGUCGUCGCUCAUUGGUCUCUUCGGCCUACUCUGUCUCGUUCUACGAAAUGUAGAGGUGUUUGCAAUGUCUGCGGAAGAAGACUCCGGUUCCGUCGUCCCGCUGACGGAAGUCCGGUUCCGUGGCGAAACUACCGCAGUCGCCCACCGGAAGCUGAUGCAAACUCUGUCACCAACGCAGACGUCAGGUACGGUUGCGUCCUUGUGCUUGCCUCGUGACGCGUCAAUGCCAGCAAACCCGCUGACCCAAGUAUACUGUUCCUACAACGUGACGACCAGUGGUGCCCCCGCCACUUCACUAACGGUCUGCACGUACAACGCAACCGGUGUUCUCGUUAGCAUGUUUCCGACGGCCCCUGUCCCUGGAGAAAUUCUACCAACACGCCCCGCGGUCUCCUGCCCAGGAAGUACCGUCCCCAACUCUUGCCCCGCGUUGGUUCAGCAAAACCUUGCGGACGCAAGAGCAUUUCUGCAGCAGACUCUGUGCGCUUACGCCGGAGCCGUAUCAAGCCUGCUUUGCGCUUACAACGCGACUGGCGCGUCAAUCGGGAGCAACGGCCGCAACUGCCCAA